CAUGCGUGGGCCAGAGAGAAGCACUUGCUGCAACACAGUCUGCCUUCUGUAUACCACUGGUCAGAAGCCGAAAUGCAUCAAAUCUUAAAUGGUGAUCGUGUCACUGGAUAUGUUGCUGACUACAUUCACCAGCCAGACCAGUACCCAGAGAUUUCAGACGACUGUAAUAAUAUAAGGUUUGUGCUGGAAGUACCGUGA